AUGAGUUUGACAUUGUGUGUUUUAGUGCAGUACCUCAACAUCUACCGGAUGGAUUGUAUUGUGUCGCUGAUCUCUCUGGUGACCCUCUCCUACAACCGCUACAGCACUGAUGGUUUACAACAAGCGGGGGCAGAUUACCGCAAGCCCCUGCUGGCUAUUGCGGGCUCCUGGCUGUACUCCUUGUUCUGGACAGUGCCCCCUCUGCUGGGCUGGAGCAGCUAUGGCAUAGAGGGGGCAGGAACCAGCUGCUCUGUGUCCUGGACGGUGCAGACGGCCCAGUCUCACGCUUACAUCAUCUGCCUCUUUACCUUCUGCCUGGGUCUGCCCAUGGUGGUGAUGAUCUACUGCUACAGCAGGCUAUUAUGGGCCGUCAAACAGGUGGGUAAGGUCCGAAAAACGGCAGCCCGCAGGAGAGAGUACCACAUCCUGUUUAUGGUUCUGAUGACGGCGGCCUGCUACACGUUGUGCUGGAUGCCUUAUGGCAUCGUGGCCAUGAUGGCAACUUUCGGCCCGCCUGACAUCAUCAGUCCCGUGGCCAGCGUGGUGCCUUCACUACUGGCCAAGAGCAGCACCAUCAUCAUCCCUCUCAUCUACAGACUCAUGAACAAACAGGUGAGCCGCCGACGAGCAAUGCUUGACAUGUACAACAGCUUUAUUUACACAGUAAAAAAAGACAAAUUACAACAGCUGAAAUUAUACAAAUGUUCUAUUUCAUUAUCAAUUCAAGUGUAAGAAGAGAAUUCACUGUCCAAUCAGAGUCAAGACGAACACCCUAAUAAGGCUGUUGCAAGUGAUACAGGACCUUCGCUCUCAUGUUAGCAUGUUCAGUCAUGCAUGCUUCAUUUUCUCUUCCUCUGUUCAGGUGUGCAGGAGGGAGGGAAAUGGAAAUGUUGAACAAUCAAUUAGAGGCACUGUGGGGCAGAAAUUCCCCACAAAAGAGUAAAAACAUGACAUGAAACAUAGGCCU